CCACCCCUUGUUCAUACAAACUUAAAGCAUUUUUGGCUAACAUAUCAGCCUCACCAUUUCUCUCUCGCGACAACCAAGCAAAACUAAACACAUCAAAAGCGUUAGAAAGAAUGUGGAUAUCCUCCACCACUCCGUAGAUCUCCAACAGAGGGUCCUUGCCGAUGAUGGCAUUAAUCAGCAAUCGUGAGUCUGACUCAAAUCUCACGUCCUUUACACCCAGCCUACAGCACGUCAUCAUCGCUUCCUUCAUGGCAAGGGCUUCAGCAACGAGCGCUGAUGGGGUGAAGGAGAUUCCUAGCUUCAACAGAUUCCUCUGUUCUCGGGUCACCACGACCCAGCCAAGCCCCGCACUCUUGGUUACCGCCGACCACGCAGCAUCAGACCUUGCGACAGUCUCAGCUACACGAGGGAGGGGUUGGGGAAUUAUCUGUCUGAUUGCUUCUUUUUUGUCCUGCGCUACAGACCAUUCCUUAGCUAACACUAUAGCUUGAGAUAAAACGUCUGCCGGCCUCCCUGCAAAGUUCUCAAAAACAAGUCUGUUACGAGCCUUCCACAGAGCCCAAAGAAUCCAGGGCACCAGGGGCGAGGACGUUAGGCCUGUCGGGGGAAGGCAACCAAGCCUAUGCAAGUCGUUCCAGUCAGCUCUCAAAUCUGUCAAUCCGCUAAUUCCAAAGCUUCCAUCCAGCGGAGCAAGUUUCCACACUUCGCGAGCAAACGGACAAUGGAAAAUAAGAUGAUUGAUAGAUUCCGAGUUCCCGCAUCUCUUACAGGCCGGAUUGACAUUUAUAUGGCGGCCGAGUAAAACUUCUCCAGCCGGGAGAAUUCCCUUCAGACUCUUCCAGAUUAAUAAUCAAUCAGAAUCUAAAGAAUGUGGAAGUUGAAGAUAGCAAAGGGAAACAAAGAGGAGCCCUACUUGUUCAGCACCAACAACUUCCUCGGACGGCAGACAUGGGAGUUUGAUCCGGACGCCGGUUCAUCGGAGGAACGAGCUGCCGUCGAUGAAGCUCGCCGAUUCUUUUUUGACAAUCGUUUUCGGGUUAAAGCUAGUAGCGACCUAAUAUGGCGUAUGCAGUUCUUGAAGGAGAAGAAAUUCAAGCAAGCUAUACCUCCGGUGAAGGUUGAAGACGCCAAGAAAAUCACAAGCGAAGCAGCUUCAAAAGCGUUAAGGAGAGGAGUCAGUUUCUUAUCGUCAUUGCAAGCAAGUGAUGGACACUGGCCUGCUGAAAAUGCUGGUCCAUUGUUCUUCCUUCCUCCACUAGUAUUCUGUCUAUUCGUCACUGGACAUUUACAUGAGAUAUUCACUAAAGCGCAUCGUCGAGAGAUCCUCCGGUAUAUCUACUGUCACCAGAAUGAAGAUGGUGGAUGGGGACUACACAUAGAAGGCCACAGCACCAUGUUCUGCACCACAUUAAACUACAUAUGCUUGCGCAUACUUGGAGAAGGUCCAAAUGAAGGACCUGGGAACGCAUGCAAACGUGCCAGGGAAUGGAUUCUUGGCCAUGGUGGUGCAACAUAUAUACCAUCUUGGGGCAAAACAUGGCUUUCGAUACUCGGUGUCUUUGAUUGGUCAGGAAGCAACCCCAUGCCUCCAGAGUUUUGGAUCCUACCUUCAUGUCUUCCUAUACAUCCAGCAAAAAUGUGGUGUUACUGCCGGUUGGUUUACAUGCCAAUGUCUUAUCUAUACGGGAAGAGAUUUGUUGGUCCAAUAAGUCCUCUUAUUUUGCAACUACGUGAAGAGAUAUACUUACAACCUUAUGCAGAAAUAAACUGGAAUAGAGCACGUCAUCUAUGUGCACAGGAAGAUGCAUACUAUCCUCGUCCACUGGUUCAAAAUGUUAUAUGGGACUGCCUUUACAUGUUCGCAGAGCCUUUUCUUACAUGUUGGCCAUUGAACAAGCUUCUUAGGGAAAAAGCUCUUGAUGUGGCAAUGAAACAUAUACAUUAUGAAGAUGAAAAUAGCCGUUAUAUCACCAUUGGAUGUGUUGAAAAGGCAUUAUGCAUGCUUGCGUGUUGGGUUGAAAACCCUAAUGGAGUUCAUUUCAAGAAACAUCUUUUGAGGGUUUCUGAUUACUUGUGGAUUGCAGAAGAUGGGAUGAAAAUGCAGAGCUUUGGAAGUCAGUUAUGGGAUUCAGGGUUUGCCCUCCAAGCUUUACUCGCAAGUAAUCUCUGUAGUGAGAUCCCUGACGUACUCAGGAGAGGACAUGACUUCUUUAAGUAUUCUCAGGUUAGAGACAACCCUUCGUCUGACUUCAAUAGCAUGCACCGUCAUAUCUCCAAAGGGUCAUGGACUUUCUCUGAUAGGGAUCAUGGAUGGCAAGCUUCUGAUUGCACAGCUGAAGGAUUGAAGUGUUGCCUGUUGCUCUCCAUGAUGCCACCUGACAUUGUUGGACCCAAAAUGGACCCUGAACAUUUAUAUGAGUCUGUUACUAUCUUACUGUCUCUACAGAGUAAAAAUGGAGGUGUGACUGCUUGGGAGCCUGCACGUGGACAAGAAUGGUUGGAAUUGCUAAACCCUACAGAGUUUUUUGCUGACAUUGUUGUUGAGCAUGAAUACAAUGAGUGUACUUCAUCAACAAUCCAAGCUUUGAUUCUUUUCAAGCAACUAUAUCCAGAUCACAGGACAGAAGAGAUCAACAGUUCCAUCAAGAAAGCUGUGCAAUACAUAGAGAACAUACAGAUGCUUGAUGGUUCAUGGUAUGGAAGUUGGGGAGUUUGCUUCACAUACAGUACAUGGUUUGCUUUGGGAGGCCUAGCAGCUGCUGGAAAGACGUAUAGUAACUGUUUGGCUAUGCGUAAGGGAGUUCAUUUCCUUCUCACUAUUCAGAAAGAUAAUGGAGGUUGGGGUGAAAGCUACUUGUCAUGCUCCAAAAAGAGAUACAUUCCAAGUGAAGGGGAGAAAACAAACUUGGUGCAAACCUCUUGGGCAAUGAUGGGUCUGCUUCAUGCAGGACAGGCUGAGAGAGAUCCCACUCCUCUUCACCGUGCUGCAAAACUAUUAAUCAACUCCCAACUAGAGAACGGUGAUUUUCCUCAGCAGGAGAUAACUGGAGCUUUCAUGAAGACCUGCUUGUUACACUAUGCAGCUUACAGAAACAUCUUCCCAGUGUGGGCGCUCGCAGAGUAUAGUAGACUAGUUUCAUUGCCAUAUGAAAAGCCUUGUAAAGAGAGAAGAUAAGAAGAAGAUUCAUCAUCAUAACUUCUCAAAAUCAAAGGGUCACUUUUGCUUAUAAGCUAUUAUUUAUAUGCAAAUGGUUGGAGUUUUCUACUAAUAAGCAAACUAAUGAUCUUGUUUGGAUCUUUAGUUUAUAUGUACGUAUUUUACUACUAUAUGUUAAUAUGUAUGUAAACAAGAUUAACCAAAAUCUUUUUCAAUGACUUCCACCAACAAGUAAUCUCUUCUUUGUCU